AUGAAAGAGCCUGAAGCCGAACUUCAGGCCAGUGCCAACUUGUCCCCCGUGUCACCAUCGCCUGUCCACACCGCGGCGCCGCUUGUUGUUCCAGCACUUCAAGACACUGUCGAUACCAUCGACGCCAUGGUUGCUGCUGCUACCGCUGGUGCCCCUGAGGCCCUCGUCGACAAGCCCGUUGUCGAUCCCGCCCUCGCUGAUGCCACUGACAACGACGAUGUUGUAGAUGACGACAGUUUUAACGACCCAUAUGGCGAGGAUACUGAGCCUGCCCAGCCUGCGCAGGCCCAUCCUCCGCCAGAGCCCUCAGAAGCCAACGACGAUUACGCCAAGACAUUCGACUCGCCCAUCGAACCAAACGAAGGAGGUGAACAGGACAUUGAUCAACUAGUGUCGUCGAGUCUGCAGGAAUCCAAUCUAGUUCCCAUUCCAUCCGAGCAGUUGAACGUCAGUCGAUCUUCAGAAGUUAGCCCUGCUACCGUCCAUGACCCAUCUGCAACGUCUACGCCUCCUGUUUCAAACAGCCAUCAAAAUGCCCAGCAUGAACCUUCAGCCAACCCUCCCGUCCCAGCACCAUCAGACCAUAGAGGGGAUGACCAGCAAGACCAAGACCAAGACCAAGGAGCCCAGCCUAAGCCCACAGAUGGUCCAAAUCCCGCUGUUACGGAGUCGCAAAGUUCACCGUCGCUUGAUAUCCAGAAACUUGUGGCUGACCUCACUGCCAAACCUACUGAAUCCAAUGCCGACUCUGAUCCAUCUCCUGCUUCGCCGGCACAGGCUGAACCGCCCACGGGUUCUGCAUCUCUGUCGUCCUCGACUACAUUGCCAUCUACUUCCUCCCUUCCCCCAAGGCCUCCCCAACCGCACUCCGCUUCCCCAUUGUAUGCCUCACAGCAUCAUCCCGCUGGAGCUAACCCCAAUGCAACCGCAGCUGUCGUUGCUCAGCCAAACACUGGUCAAGCGCCAUCAUAUCAUAUCGGCAGUGCUCCAGGAACCUCCACAGACCCCGUGGCCAGCCUUCCCCUCCCCCCUGCCAGCGGCCUGAAUGUUUCACCGUAUUCAACCCAGACAGCACCUGGGUACUCCGCGGAUCAGGGUCGUGAUGUAGAGUACCAACGCCAAUGGGACCAAUUCAUGGCAGACGAAAGACAAUAUAUGUCUGAGGCUAAGUGGGAUCGAUUUCCUGAAGGUUCCCGCAUCUUUAUUGGCAACCUCUCAAGUGAUAAGGUUUCCAAACGCGACGUGUUUGAAUUAUUCCAUAGAUAUGGUAGACUUGCACAAAUCUCUUUGAAGUCCGCAUACGGAUUUGUGCAGUAUCACACCAUCGAAGAAGGCCAAAGGGCAAUGGAGAACCUGCAGGGAAUCGAGAUCAAGGGUCGUCGCAUACAUCUGGAAAUAUCUCGUGUACAGGAUAAGUCAAAGAAAGACCGCAACCGAAGCCCAGACAGAGGCCGCGGCCGUGAGAAUGGGCGGAGAGGGGAUAAACACGGCCGAGAUGAUUAUCGUCCCGGUAGGAAUCACUCACCUCGUCGUAACGAUUACCACUCGAGAGACGACAGUUUUGGCGGGAGAGACCGUGGCUACAGCGACUCUAGUCGUGGCGGCCGAGGACGGUCCCGAUCGCCCCCGUACGGGCGCAGUGAUCGUGAUCCCUAUCGGAGACGAAGCCCGAGCCCACAUGGUCGACCUCGUAAUGAACCAGAGCUUGAUAUCCCACGAAGAUACGGCGCCGAUGUGCCAGAUGUGCAAAUUAUCUUGCAGCCCGAUGUCAAUCGCGAUUUCGUAAACUGGGUUGAGGGGGCCUUCAAGGUCAAGGGCCUGAAGACGCAAGUUAUGUACUUGCAUCCUCGCUUUCCCAAGGAUCAAGUCAUUCAGCGACAAGCAGCAGAAGGUGUACAUGGCGUUGUGGACUUGGAUAUCCGUGCUCAAAAUCUCGCCAGAGUCCCUGUGCAGGUGUUCGACCGCUCUGCUGGAAGCAACAAUGUGCGCUUUGAUCAAUACGUGGACCUCGACCCUGGCACUGCAGCAGAGGUCAUUCUACGCGCCAAGUCGACUGCCGCACCUGCAAACUACAACCAAGGCUAUGGCAGCAAUGGAGCAUACCAGAACCCCUAUGGCACACAGCAUCAGCAGCCUGCUUAUGGUGGAGGUCAACAGCCAACUGCGUACCCUCUACAGCCACAGCAACCACCCCCAACUUCAGCCGCUGAUAUUGCCAGCUUGAUGGGACAUGUUGAUAACGCUACACUUCAGCGACUGCUAUCGACGAUCCAGGGCCAGUCAGCAACGCCUCCAGCAGCUGGGAGCUACCCUCACCCUGCGGUUGGUGGUGCCCACGCAGCUCACAACCCUCCAGUUGACAUUCAAGCUAUCUUGGGGAGCUUAAGCGGUACAAACCCCCAGCAACAUGCACCUUCACAAACACCAUAUGGGGCUCCUUAUGGAGGUCAGCAGCCAAAUGGAAGCAGCAAUCAAGGUGCAAAUGGGAACAAUGGAGAUGCUGCCAGCCAAGUACAAAAUAUCAUGGCACAGCUCGCCCGCUAUAGACAGUGA